AUGGUAAUAUUGUCCACAACAGCAGAAAGCUACCACCGCACACUACCAACUCCAAGCAUUACACUCAAGAACUCUCUUAACUCCCCUACCCUAUACAACAGAGUCACAAUGGCACACUUCAGCCGUCCCGUUCUUCUCAUCCUCACCACUCUCUUCCUUUUCUACGGCUUCAGUACCGCUUUCCCAUCUCUCGCGGGGGCUCUCGAACCUCGUUGCUGGCGCAAAGCCUGCGACCACUGCGAGCGUGUCACUGUCACCAUUGAUCACCCCGGCUCCUGCAACAGCGUCAACCGCGAUAAUCUCAAGGCAGCCAUCGACAGCACCUUCGUCAACUAUGCCGGCAACUGCAGAGGCGAGGAGGCUGGCUUCAGCAAUCAGGCGAUUGCUGGCAUUCAGGGAAUCGGUUGCAGAGUUACUGUCAACUUCCCUCGUGGCAACAAGGGUGUCGACUGGGGUGGUUUGAUCGGUUCUAACCUGGUUGGAACGGGAAGCUGGGCUGUCUCUGGCACCUCUACCGAUGGCAGCGUGCACUGCGGCGGUUCCUGCCAGUGGUAG